AUUAGUUUUGGUGUUUGAUGUUGUUUUUUUUUUUUUUUUUGGUAAUAGUCUGAUGCUGAUGCGACUGAGAAGAUUCAGCAAGCAGAGAUUAUCAAACAAGAAUGUACCAAGUAUGAGGCGGAAGUUCGUGAAGCUUAUGCUUCUUUGGAAGCUAAAUUGUGGACAAUGGGAAAUCUCAUCCAUGACUCGGUUCCAAUUAGUAACGACGAGGCAAAUAAUCUCUUGGUUAAAGUUUCGGGUGAACCGCGGGUUGCUUCACCUGGUCAGGAGCUAACAAACCAUAUGGAUCUCGUUGAGUUUCUCGAUAUUGUAGAUACCAAGAGAGGUAGAAUUUUCACUUUGGCUACCUCCUCAAUAUCGUAUUUUGUGCUUUUGGGUUUCAUUGAAACGCUAUUUUUGCCCGCAGGUGCUAAAGUUGCCGGAGGAAGAGGCUAUUUUCUAAAAGGAUAUGGCGUGCUCCUUAACCAAGCUCUUAUCAACUAUUCUUUAGCCUUCUUACAAAAGAAAGAAUUCUCAGUUAUACAACCUAACUGUCUCAUGACGAAGGAAUCCAUGGCCAAGUGCGCACAAUUGUCACAGUUUGAUGAAGAACUCUACAAGGUGACUGGUGAAGGAAAGGGAAAUGAUGAAAAAUUCCUUAUUGCAACUGCUGAGCAACCUCUUUGUGCACAACAUCAAGGUGAAUGGUUCCAUCCGACCGAGCUUCCCAUAAGAUAUGCUGGUUACUCGACCUGCUUUAGAAAAGAAGCUGGUUCCCACGGAAGAGAUACUCUUGGCAUUUUCCGUGUUCACCAGUUUGAGAAAGUCGAACAGUUUUGCAUCACGGGUCCUGAUGAUUCGUGGGAAAUGCUUGAAGAGAUGCUGAAGAACUCGGAAGAGUUUUACCAAUCGCUUAAAAUUCCAUACCGAGUCGUGUCAGUUGUCUCUGGAGCUUUGAACGAUGCAGCUGCAAAAAAGUAUGACUUGGAAGGAUGGUUUCCUGCGUCAGGGACUUACAGAGAGCUCGUGUCCUGUUCCAACUGUACAGACUAUCAGUCUCGAAGACUUAACAUUAGAUAUGGUUACAAAAAGAGCAAUCAGGAGACGAGGAAGUAUGUGCAUAUGCUGAAUUCGACUCUUUGCGCGACACAGAGGACCAUUUGCUGCAUUCUCGAGAACUACCAGCGAGAUGAUGGUGUGGACAUCCCUGAGGUUCUGCAACCUUUCAUGGCCGGAGUGAAGUUUUUGCCUUUCAAGACCAAAGGCAAAAAAUCUAAAGCUUGAUUGAUAUACAUAA